CCCCGCUGCAGUGGGCGGAGCCCCCCUCGGUCCCCGCCCCCGCCCCUCCGCCCCGGCUCAGCCUGUCGGGGCAGAAGCUGGGGCCCCGUGGAGGUAGCAGCAGCUGCCUGCCGAUUUGGAGACCCUGACACACCCACUUUCCCACUGGAAUCUGUAUAACCCCUGGCUGCCCAGCAAGAUGAAGCCUAAACUGAUGUACCAGGAGCUGAAGGUGCCUGCUGAGGAGCCCUCCAACGAACUACCCAUGAACGAGAUCGAGGCAUGGAAAGCUGCAGAAAAGAAGGCCCGUUGGGUCCUGCUGGUCCUCAUCCUGGCAGUCGUGGGCUUUGGUGCCCUGAUGACUCAGCUGUUUCUAUGGGAAUACGGCGACUUGCAUCUCUUUGGGCCCAACCAGCGCCCAGCCCCCUGCUAUGACCCUUGCGAAGCAGUGCUGGUGGAGAGCAUUCCCGAGGGCCUGGACUUCCCCAAUGCCUCCACGGUCAACCCCUCCACCAGCCAGGCCUGGCUGGGCCUGCUCGCCGGUGCCCACAGCAGCCUGGACAUUGCCUCCUUCUACUGGACCCUCACCAACAACGACACCCACACUCAGGAGCCCUCUGCUCAGCAGGGCGAGGAGGUCCUCCGGCAGCUACAGACCCUGGCACCCCGAGGUGUGAAGGUCCGCAUUGCCGUGAGCAAGCCAAGUGGGCCCCAGCCCCAGGCAGAUCUGCAGGCCCUGCUGCAAAGCGGUGCCCAGGUCCGCAUGGUGGACAUGCAGAAGCUGACCCAUGGCGUCCUGCACACCAAGUUCUGGGUGGUAGACCAGACCCACUUCUACCUCGGCAGUGCCAACAUGGACUGGCGUUCCCUGACCCAGGUUAAGGAGCUGGGCGUGGUCAUGUACAACUGCAGUUGCCUAGCUCGAGACCUGACCAAGAUCUUCGAGGCCUACUGGUACCUGGGCCAGGCGGGCAGCUCCAUCCCGUCAACCUGGCCCCGGCCUUAUGACACCCGCUACAAUCAAGAGACACCAAUGGAAAUCUGCCUCAACGGAACCCCUGCUCUGGCCUACCUGGCAAGUGCACCCCCACCACUGUGUCCAAGUGGCCGCACCCCAGACUUGAAAGCCCUGCUCAACGCGGUGGACAAUGCCCGGAGUUUCAUCUACAUCGCGAUCAUGAACUACCUGCCCACCAUGGAGUUCUCCCACCCGCACAGGUUCUGGCCUGCCAUUGACGACGGGCUGCGGCGGGCUGCCUAUGAGCGGGGCGUCAAGGUGCGCCUGCUGGUCAGCUGCUGGGGGCACUCUGAGCCAUCCAUGCGGGCCUUCCUGCUCUCCUUGGCUGCCCUGCGUGACAACCACACCCACUUUGACAUCCAGGUGAAACUCUUUGUGGUCCCUGCGGACGAGGCCCAGGCCCGAGUCCCUUACACCCGCGUCAACCACAACAAGUACAUGGUGACUGAACGUGCCACCUACAUCGGAACCUCCAACUGGUCCGGCAGCUACUUCACCGAGACAGCGGGCACCUCGCUGCUGGUGACGCAGAACGGGCGGGGCGGGCUGCGGAGCCAGCUGGAGGCCGUUUUCCUGAGGGACUGGGACUCCCCUUACAGCCAUGACCUUGACACCUCAGCCGACAGCGUGGGCAACGCCUGUCGCCUGCUCUGAGGCCCGGUCCAGUGGACAGGCCAGGCCUGCGAGGGCCCCGCGGGCGCGGGUGUUCCGGGUCUCAAUCCCUGUCCCCGUGCCCCCGCUUCUGUCUGCCCCAUCGUGGCUCCCACAGGCUCCCCCCUUGCUCUCCCGCUUCUACCUCCACCCCCGCCAGCCUGAUGCUGUGGCCGCAGAGGACCCAGCCAAGCUGGGGGAGGGAUCAGCCCCCGAAGAAGUAGGGGUGCAUGCUGGGCCUGGCCCCCUGGCCCACCCCACUUUCCAGGGCAAAGGGGGCCUGAGGUCAUAAUAAGAAGUAAAUAACUUGUGUGUACAGCCUGUGCCUGACUGAGUGGUGUGAGGUGGGGUGCCGGGUAGGGGACAGCUGGCAUGGGCCUCUGGUGGGGACACCUUCACGCAUGCUGAGCCCUCAGUGGGUGACCCUCAGUGGGUGGUUUGGUGUGUACUGGACGCUCAGCACAUGGCUGGCGUGUGCUGAGCCCUCAGUGGGUGACCAGCGUGGGCUGGCGUGUGCUGAGCCGUCGGCGCACAAUGCACGUGAGCUAGCGUGUGCUGAGCAGGCGCGUGUGACCUUGAGGGCUGGCAUGAACCGAGCCUCACGGAGCCAGCAUGGCACAGCGUGUGCUGCACGCUCGGCACGUCCCCAGCCAGAUGAGCGCGUGCUGAGCCACUGCCAUAGCCCGAGGGUGGACUCGCACGUCUGGACACGAGAGCAUGUACCAAGCGUGAAUUUACAUACACCUGCUGAGUGAACUUACACUUCGCAUGUCCCAAGCAUGGAUGAGUGCAUGCCAAGCCUGUCACGUGUGGCAAAGACAGGUCAACAGACGCUGAGAACCUGGCAUCUGGCAAGCUCAGAUUGGCACCUGCUGAGCACUGAGAAUGUUCUGAGGGUGGAUUCUUACGUGCCAGGCACUGAGCAUAUUUAAGGGAUGGGUCAGUGUGCCAAGCACAGCCUCCAGCCUGAGCCAAUGGCUGACUGGGUGCAGCAUUAGAGAGCAGGGCCUGGGUGCCCCCCUGAACCCCACCCCCGUGCCAGUCCAGGCCUCAGGCAGGGAGGACAGGCAUGAGGCAGUACUGCUGAACAAUGCUUUAUUGAAAUAAACAGAGGCAGCAGGGCCA